AUGAUGAGUCUGCUGAAACCAGCGCAGCCACGGGACAAAGAAUCGGAGCAAGGCUGCAAGUUGACAUUCCAAUUCAAGUUAGAGGACGAGAAGUCACCUCGUGCAAACUCCACCUCGCAUUCGAGUUUACGGAGCCUCAAAAAGGUCAGUACCUUGGCCCCCAAUGACAGAGACAAUCCUCACAACUGGUCAAAUAGGCAAGAAUCCUUCGUUGCGCAGCUCAUGUUGCCAACGUCUUCAUCUAUGAUCGUCAAUCUCGAGGAUACAUCCUGUGGCCCGCUGCUUUUCGGGCCACUAAGUGAGAGCUACGGCCAAGAAUGGGUCACGAUAUCAGCUUUUGCACUGUUCACUGCUUUUACACUAGGCUGUGCUUUAACAAAUGACUUUGCAACUUGGUGGGUGUGUAUGCAGGCCCACAAACGUGGUUCGAAUGCCCCAAUUGAACGUCUUGCCAAUGUAUAUGUCGGCGUAUUCCUUGGUCCUGUAACUAGAGGUCGGACUUCGACUAUCUUCAGGACUCUAAUCCUUGAGCCUAUCAUAUCAGGAUUUAUCGAGUCGAACUUAUGCACCAAUGAUCCUUACUGUGCACACAUGGCGUCCUCGCAAGGAAACGGCGACCCCAACAUUUUUGCACCGCUUGAGCUCGAGCAUCGUGACCUGACCCAGAUGAUCACUUGCGUUCUGACCCGAUCGGUGAGGAUGGUCUUCAAUCGUGCUAUGCAGUUGCCUGUCCCUCGCGUACUCAAUCUUCUACAUGUAUUUGCAAGCCUCCCCAGCGACUUUCAGUGGGAUCUAGCAUUUCGAAGUUACAACCCUUCUCGCGUGAGGUCUAACCCUCUAUUUGUUCUGGAUAGAGCAAAGGCACACGAUCCUUCUGCUGCAUGGUCGCAGAGUGAAGAACGCCGACGUUUGCCUCUGGCAUGCCCUUGGUCGGUUUUCAUAUUCAAUUGUUUCUGGGUUGCAUGUAUGCUGCAUCACGAGGCUACAGCUCGAGCCGUCGAUUCACUUGAUGUCUCCGCACUUGCCACGGUCCUGAAGCCACAAACUAUAUGGACGUCCGAGGAGUUUCGGCGGUUGUGGCUUGAUUGGCAUCGUGAUGAACUCCUGGUCUUUAUGGGAUUCCUGCUACUGUUCGUGUCGUUGAUCAAAUACCUUGUUGAUGCGGUCGAAGUGUAUCAGCGCUUGGGUGUCGUGUGGGCCUGUCCAUUGCUAGGCUUCCUAAGUUUGGCAAUCAUUCGGGAGAGGAGUAGCUUCUGGCAGUUCUUGAAACAAACCAAGAGAGUGAAGAGCGGGAAGUGCAGGAGCGAGGGAUGCAGGAAACGGCCAGGAACUCCGCGGGAUUCGAAUCAGCAGGGAUCCAUAGUGAUCGGCCUCGGGAUUGUGUUAUUAACACCAUGA